AUGGCUGAUCAACUUCUAAACAAUUUAAUAACAGCUGUUAAUAACCUGAGAGACAAUGCGGAUGAAAACAACACAAAUCCAAGUGUUUCUCAAAGACAACAACAAGCAGCAACAAAUUCAGAGACUACAAGUCAAGCUUUACGUCGACUUUAUCCAAGUAUCGACCAACUGCCAGUUCCGAAUCCAGGACACAUGUCGAGUUACUCAAGUGGGACAUCGACUCAACAAGGCCAACAAGCUGGUCGUUCAUCUGUGAAUGAUUUGACAAGAUUUAACCCAAGGGCUAACUAUCGUCCUAACAAGAGAAAAAAUCUGAUUCGCCAUAAUAAAAGGCAGAAAUGCGAAAAUAGUCGGUCAUCAAAGUCUACAUUUAAGGAUGUUAUUUUGCUUCCGAGUCCGUCGAACAAUAUCGUACCUCGUGGCAAAGUAAGAGAGAAAUUAUACACGGAAGGCUUAGCCAAAUCAGCUGAGGAAAUUUCGGAUGACAUGAGCGAACAAACUAUCAGAGAAAAGUUUUCCAUGAUAUUCCAAAGUUGA